CUGCCUUCCAAAUCAAGAGUAAACGUGACCUACUUACCACCUACUGUACACGUACAUGUCACGCGGCGGCACCAAUUACAAUAUGAAUAGCACCAGCUAGCUAGCUAGCGGCAUGUAGGAGUACUUACCAAACAUCAAUCACCACCCUUCCAUCACCCCACUGCAAAGCAACCGGCAGCCGGCAUGGCAACGCGCUCGGUGAGCUUGUUGCUGUUGCUGCUGCUAUCGGCCCCCAUGUCCAUCUCGACACUCGUGGCCGCAGAAGCCAACGACGAGGCCGCGCUGCUGGCCUUCAAGGCCACCGCGGUCAGUGGCGGCUCUGACGACAAUCCGCUUGCUUCCUGGAACCGUACCACCGCCGGCGGGUUCUGCAGCUGGGAGGGAGUGACGUGCGAGCGCAGGCACCGGCGAGUGGUAGCGCUGAGCCUGUCGUCCCACGGGCUCAACGGCAUCCUCUCGCCGGUCGUUGGCAACCUAUCAUUCCUGAGGGUUCUUGACCUGAGCUUCAACGGGUUCAUCGGGGAAAUCCCCGCGAGCAUCGGACGCCUUCGCCGCCUCCAGGCCCUCAAUUUGAGCUACAAUGCCUUGUCUGGUGAGCUCCCCGCCAACCUGACCUCAAGCACUAGUUUAACGAUCAUGGCCCUCCGAUUCAACCAGCUCCGCGGGCUCGUGCCCUCCAAGCUUGGAUCCAAACUGAUACGGCUCAGGUUUCUCGACUUGGAGAACAACAACUUCACCGGUGUCAUCCCUGCGUCACUAUCCAACUUGUCAUCACUGAGUACCCUAAACCUCUCGCACAACCAGCUCGAGGGCACCAUCCCUCUUGGCCUCUCGCACAACCAGCUCGACGGCAUCCUAGGCCUCCGGGUCCUCCACCUCGGCUUUAACAGGCUCUCCAGCGAGCCCCCUGUCUCACUCUACAACUUGUCUUCUUUGGAAACGUUACUAAUUCAAUACAACAUGCUCCAUGGAAGCAUUCCUGCAGACAUCGGAAGCAGGUUCCGCAGCAUGCAGUUUCUUAGCUUUGCUGGCAACAAGUUCACCGGAACCAUCCCUUCUUCGCUCUCCAACCUCACUACUCUCCAAGUACUCGACAUCUCUAGAAAUAAGCUCAGUGGAUAUGUGCCUGGCACACUUGGUAGAUUACGAGCUCUACAACGUCUAUACCUGUACGACAACUUGCUAGAAGCAGACGACCGCGAGGGGUGGGAAUUCAUCACUUCACUAUCAAACUGUAGCCAGCUCCAACGUUUCGAAAUCGGUAUCAACGCCGGUUUCACUGGGCAGCUGCCAAGUUCAAUAGCGAAUCUCUCAACAACCCUACAAGACCUUCUGUUGAGUCAAACUGGGAUCACGGGAAGCAUCCCCUCAGAUAUCAGCAAUCUGGUCGGCCUCCAAGCCCUCACUUUCGGGGAUACAUCCAUAUCCGGAUUGAUUCCAGAGAGCAUCGGCAAGCUGGGAAAUUUGGCUGUGCUAUAUUUGUACAACACUUGCUUGUCAGGCCUCAUACCUUCAUCCAUCGGAAAUCUCUCAAACUUGAAUACCCUUGAUGCACACAAUUGCAACCUGGAGGGACCGAUUCCAGCAAGCAUAGCGAAGCUAAAGAAUCUGUUAUCUCUUGAUUUGUCAAUGAACAGCCUGAACGGUCCAAUUCCUAAAGACAUUUUCAAACUACCAGUCCUUUCUACUUACUUAGACUUAUCACACAAUUCACUAUCGGGACCCCUUCCAUCUGAAGUUGGUAGCUUGGGAAACCUAAACAACCUUGUUUUAUCUGGAAACCAGUUGUCUGGUGAGAUACCUGAUAAUAUUGGGCACUGCACCGUGCUGCAAGUACUUUGGUUGGACAAUAACUCAUUUGAGGGAAGCAUACCUAAAUCUCUGAAUGAUAUAAAGGGUCUCACUGAGCUAAAGUUGUCCAUGAAUAACUUGUCUGGUACAAUUCCGGAUACCAUUGGUAGUAUCCGCAACCUGCAACAAUUGUAUCUGGCACACAACAAUUUGUCUGGGCCGAUACCAGUGAUACUGCAGAAUUUGACAUCACUAUCGGAAUUGGAUCUGUCCUUCAACAAUCUGCAAGGGGAAGUGCCAAAAGAGGGAAUAUUCAGAAAUUUGGCUAACUUUUCAAUCACUGGAAAUAAUGAGCUUUGUGGUGGAAUACCUCAGCUUCAUUUAGCUCCAUGCCACACGAAUUCCAUGAAAAAUAACAGAAAAGGAUGGUUAAAGUCUCUUACAAUAGCUCUGGCAACAAUUGGUGCACUCUUGUUCUUAGCUUUUGUUAUUGUCCUCAUUCAGCUGAACUAUAAGAAACUUAAACGAAGGCAGAAGAACCCAUUCCUACCACCAGUAAUUGAGGAACACUAUAGAAGAGUUUCUUACCAUACAUUAGCAAAUGGAACCAAUGGAUUUUCAGAAGCUAAUUUGCUUGGUGAAGGAAGCUUUGGGGCGGUAUAUAAAUGCACUUUUCAAGAUCAGGGAAUAAUUGCUGCUGUGAAGGUUUUUAACCUUGAACAAUCUGGAUCUACUAGAAGUUUUGUGGCUGAAUGUGAGGCACUGAGAAGAGUGCGUCACCGUUGUCUCAUAAAGAUCAUCACAUGCUGCUCAAGCAUCAAUUACCAAGGUCAAGAGUUCAAGGCCCUGGUUUUUGAGUUCAUGCCCAAAGGUACCUUAAAUGGUUGGCUUCAUCCACAAUCUGGCAUGCCCACUCUAAGCAAUACUCUCAGCCUAGCACAAAGGCUAGAUAUUGCCGUCGAUAUUAUGGAUGCUUUGGAGUAUCUUCAUAAUCAUUGUGAGCCACCAAUUAUUCAUUGUGAUAUAAAGCCAAGCAACAUCCUUCUUGCAGAAGACAUGAGUGCCCGAGUUGGAGACUUUGGCAUAUCAAGAAUUCUUCCAGAAACUGCAAGUAGAGCACUGCAGAAUUCAAAUAGCACAAUUGGAAUAAGAGGCUCCAUAGGUUAUGUUGCCCCAGAGUAUGGUGAAGGUUCUUCCGUCUCAACUCUCGGUGAUGUUUAUAGCCUCGGGAUAUUGUUGCUUGAGAUGUUUACAGGAAGGAGCCCAACAGAUGAUACGUUCAGAGGUUCCUUGGAUCUGCACAAGUUUUCAGAAGAUGCUCUUCCAGAGAGAAUUUGGGAGAUAGCCGAUAUGACAAUGUGGCUGCACACAGGCGCCUUUAACAGCACUACAAGAUGUAGAAUUGAGAAUUGUUUGGUUUCUGUCAUUGCUCUCGGAAUAUCAUGCUCAAAGAAACAACCUAGGGAGCGUACACUCAUACGGGAUGCGGCCACUGAAAUGCAUGCUAUCAGAGAUUCAUACCUCAAUCUUGCCAGAUCUCUUAUGGUGGAACAUGGAGUGGACACAACUCUGCAGUAAUUUGUAACAAUUAAGAAGUAAAGCUGAAAAUGGGCAAGAAGACUGCAGAUGAUACUUAACAUAAAUAACUGGAUAUGUGUAUAACGCUGCAGUUCUAUCAUUUUUCUCUUAACAACAUGCAAUUGUUUACAUCGAAUAUACGACUAUAGAGAGCGUUUAGUAAAUGUGUCAACAGUCCAGAGUGUCACCAGUUGUGAGUGUGCCACCUUUUCUAGAGAAUUGUCAAUAAGAUGUAUGAGUCAAUAUCAUAUCCUUCCUUUCUCAAUAAUCUACAUUUCUUUACAUCAAAUGUAUGCAAGUCUAAAGGAUGUUUUGUAAAUGUGUCAAACAUAGAGAGUUUUACCAGUAGUUAGUAUGCCUUUUUUAUACAGAAUUGUCAAUAAGAUGUACGAGUCAAAAUCCUACCCUAUGAAAGCUGAAAAGUUCCGAACUCCCACGCUAAUCCAGAUCCCAUGAACUAAUUAAUGCAGUAGACAUUCAGAACAGCAAUGAGCAAACAAGUGGUGGGGCAUGAUCUUUGGAUAAUCGACGCUAUAGGUGGUUGUUAGCAUAUUUUCUCAGAGCUAUAUUUCUCUAAAAUAACAUCAGAAAAUUUAACACGAGAAGAAAUUUAACCAUGGGUAAAAAAUUGAAGCUCCACAAUAGCACUAGAACAGUGGCCAUACUGUAUGAAAAAGUAAUCAGCUUCUUACACAUUCUCUAGAUUCCGGGAUUCAGUUAUCCAAAUGAUGCCCAGUUUUGUAUUAGCAUUCCCAAAGCAGUGCGACUGCAAAAAUUCUACCCUCCAGAAUCAUUCAACUCCCUAUCAUGACUGAACUCUACAUUAAAAUGACACCUUUUCCCCUCAUUUUGCGGAAUCAUUUAUUCUUUAUUCUGAUUUCCUUCUGAGAUGACAACAUGCUGAACAAAAAUACUUCAUCGUCAACUGACUUGACCAGGUUUCAAUAAAUCAACACUUUCAGGAAUAGGAAGAGGAAAAAAUUGGAAGUGAACAGUAACCUAAACUGAGACUCGGUGCACACUUUUUUCAUUCUUAAGCCACUGACAUCUGGACCCAUUGAAUGGGCUAACCCAUGCAUCAGUGAAGGGCAUGUUAUAACCCAUGGGAUCAGUCAAUCUGUCAUGGAUGGUGCUGUUGAAGCAGCUUCAAAAUUCUUCCAACUAUCAAGUGAGACAAAAGAGUUUGCAUCCAACGACCUCCGAAAAUAUAGUAUUAGCAUGUCAAGGGCGUUCCUAAAGCAUUAUGGCCAUCCACAGGGCAAAACAGCUUUUUCAAAAUUUCCUACUACAAACCUGAACUACAAAAAUUAGUUGUGCAUGUUUAUAAGAAUUGAAAUGACUCCUUUUUGUUUACUGAAACGAGGGAAGACAUGGGAAAAUAUGCUGUCAAAGCAAAGAGGGUGGCUUUGCAACUGAUUGGGCAAGGAAAAUACUAGAAGGCCUAGGAUUGG